UAGCAAGGCAGCAUUUGAAUUAAAACAUUCAAUUUAUAUUACAUCUUGAAUAACUUGCUAUUUUAUUUCUUGUAUCAUAAUCAUGUCUCAGUUUACUUUAGCGACAACAUUUGUCCUAAUUACGGCCCCUGCAUGCGGAGAGAUUUUGCAUAGAAGAAAAGCUUUGGUUUCUUCAAAAUUGGCUAAAUUAUUGCCCCGCAAUACAAUUUAGGAACGUGAUAGUCAUACAAGGGAUAUUUUAAGCCAUCAAGAUGCUUUGUUGAUUGUUGCCGUAAUAUUACAAUACGUCAGUUUUAUCACUAAAGAGUGUCAACAUGGCGGUCCAUUUAAACGUUUAGAGUUAUUGCCCCUGAUCCCAUCGGAGAAUGGGAAUGGAGUUCAAUGCAUAGCGUUAGUUGAACAAAAUGAUUUCAUUACCCAUAGAGGAUUUUACUCAAAUGAAGAUAUGGAACAAACGACAAAGUUGACGCAAUCCAAACUCGUAGCUACAACUGUUUUGGAGCCAAAGGAUGAACUGAAUGAGAGAUUUGAGCAGUGUUACAAUGUUGUUAACAAUAUCCGAAAUGGAAUGUCGGACAGAGAGGCAAAUGAUGCACUUAAUUCAUAUGUAUCAAAAGGUCCAUCUCAGCAUGAGGAAGUACAACUGGGUUUGUUGUAUGCAAUCCUUACUGACCCUACAGCAUGUUCCAAGAGUUAUCGGGAUAUUACCUUAAUCAGCAGAGAUGCUAUGUCCCUUGUCCUCAGACAUACAAAUCAAUUAAUAUUUGAAAAAUGGUUGAAACUUCUGGACAACACUAAGUUCCAGGUGAUCUGGUUAGUGAGGGCACUUGUGAAGAGUGCAGUGAAUGGAACAGAAAGUGUUUGUCAAAGCCUGCUUCGACAGAUAGCUGGUGGGGAUGUUUCUCAAAAGAAUAUAUGGCUGACGGAGAAUAUGCUUGAUGUAUUUUCAGAAAAUCGACCAUGGCUAGACAAAUUCCCAUCUCUCAUAGCCACCGUGGUGUACACAUAUCUACGAGUAAUUGAGGACCACAACGGACCAUUGUUUGUCAAUUUAAGACAGAGAGAAGUGGAACUCUGUAUUGGUCUCCUGCGAGAAAAGUGGACAGACUGUAUUCACAUUGGACGAGACCUUGUUAGGCUGCUACAAAAUGUCGCCAGGAUUUCAGAUUUUGAGAAGUUAUGGAAAGACAUGGUACAAAACCCUUCAGCGAUUCAUGCACAGUUCACAGGUGUUCAGCAGUUGAUGUUAAUGCGAACUUCACGAAAGUUUUUGAUCAGUAGAUUAACACCAGACAUGGAGACCAAACUUGUAUUUCUUGUCACAAAGGUGAAAUUUGGGCAGCAUAAAAGAUUCCAAGAUUGGUUUCAAAGACAGUAUCUAUCGACACCGGAGAGUCAGUCGUUAAGAUGUGAUCUGAUUCGUUACAUAUGUGCUGUGUUUCACCCUCCAAAUGAACUAAUCUGCUCGGACAUCAUUCCACGCUGGGCAGUGAUUGGCUGGCUACUGACCACAUGUACGUCCAAUGUUGCUGCCACCAAUGCCAAGCUGGCUCUGUUUUACGACUGGCUGGUCUUUGAUCCAGAGAAAGACAGCAUUAUGAAUAUAGAGCCUGCUAUCCUGGUAAUGUUCCACUCCAUCCGUCCCCACCCAGCCAUCACAGCCACCUUGUUAGACUUUCUUUGUCGGAUAAUGCCCCACUUCAGUUUACCAUUAAAAGUUCACGUGAAACAGGGGAUCUACACAUCACUGAAGACCAUUUUAGACAAAAGAGUUCUGCAGUCUUUGUCUCCGUUGUUUGAUAAUCCAAAGUUAGAUCGAGAUUUACGAGCUUUAAUCAGAGAAAACUUUUUGGAGUUUUGUUCACAAGAAGUCAAAGAAGAGCCGCUUAACAACAAAGAUGCGAUUGAGAUUGACAAUGGUAACCAUGUGGAUAACAAUCUGUCCGAUGACCAUGCUGCCUUCAGUGAUGAGGACGAUGAUGUGCCGAUAGGGAAGUUAAAGCCACUGGAAACUAAGUUCCAGCCCAUACAAGACACACGUUACCAACCCAUGGAUAUCACUGACAUCCUGCCACAGCUGGGCGGUGACCUACAAGACUUCACUGAACAGCUUCAAGCAGAGAAGGACCCAGAAAUCCAAUGUGAGGUUAUGGAUAGGAUUAUGCAGACAGUGCUAAAUGAAGAUGAGUUUGAUCAGGAUACCGCCACUCCCCUGGCCACAUGUCUUUGUGAGAUUCUUAGCAGCAAUUUCAGCACAUCAAUAUUUCCUCAGGAAACCGAUGAAGAGUCUUUAGAAGAUUCAGUAGGUUCACCUUUGUUUGUAAUGUUUAGAUUUUUAUGUACUCUAUCAGAAGAGGACCCCAGUCGACAGCCUGUUUUACAAUUGCUUGGUGAAAUGUACAGUAAACAGCCACGGAUAGGCUACCACCUACUGUACUUUGUUAAAGUUGGAAAAGUUAAUGAUGAAAAAAUGUGCUCAUACAAAGAUUUCUGUAAGAGUCUGGACAACAAAGAUCUGGAGUCGUGUCUCAUGUCUGACUUGAAGCUGGCACAAGAGGAUGAUAUCCGACUGUUCACCUUCAUAAUGCCAGAUAUCUAUACAAAUUUUCCAAGGAUAGCGAUUGGAAACUCAGAAUUGCUGAAUAUGAUAGUUUCUGCUAUUGAUGGGACACAGCUUCAAGAUCUUAUUUGUCAAAUUCUCCAGGGGCACCUAGUUAUGUUCAGGAAGGAUUCCUUUUUGUCUGUUUUGAAUGCCAGCCUGGAUUGGGAGACCUUGGAGCAGUAUUUCCUGUGGCAGCUCAUCACCGCCCAUAACAUCCCUGUGGAGUAUAUCAUGCCAAUACUGCCAAAACUGGACUUUAUGAGUCAUGCAGAAGCAAUGUCCAGUAUGUUGGUGCUGUUGAAGAUGGAAGGUCCGUCAGCAGAUUUACUUAGACCAGUCCUUUGCCGCGACUGUAAAAAGCAUGACUUUUUCACAGUAUCAAUACUUAAAUACUGGGCCCAAGAGUUUGAGGACAAGUUGGCUGAUCUCAUCUUGUCUCAAGUGAACAAACUAAGCAGCACCCCAAAAAAGAGACAGCGGACUGGGUCAACAGCAUCUUCGAAGAAAGAGAAUGCCAGUGUAGAACAAGUACUGUCACAUCUAGAUCACAUGCGACAGGUGUGUCGUAACAUAUCGUUUUUGAACAAUGAAAAUAUCCAGCAAGCUUUACAGCAAAUACAGCAGUCUGCUAGUGAAUCUCUAAAGACAAGGUAUGGUGACCUCCUAGCCCUAGCAGAGGACAUUGAGGAUGUAAGGACGACACGUGUGUUACGAGGACUUCCUGUUAGGAAAGCUGCUAGUGCUAGUGCUGCCAUGGGUAUAGACAAUCGACUUGUUCGCAUCAGCAAAUCAAAAAAACAAGUUCAGGAUUAUAGUGAUAGUGCUACAGAAAGCAGUGAGGAUGAGGAAAUAAAACCAAGAGCAAAGAAAAGAAAGAAAGCGAUUCCUGUGGACGAUGACAGUGAAUAGUGGGCAGGACCCCAACUUGUGAUAUCAGUGCCUCUGGUAUAAGGAAUGGACAUUUAAUGAUAGUGUUGUAAAGAUCUCUACUCCUGAAAAGUAGGGUUGGGAUGGUAUCUCCGUGGCAUUUAUUUCCGAAUCAACCAUUCUCGUUCUCAUCUCUAGAUCAAAACUUGACAUGGUCAUUUCACUGGUAUCUUAGUCUGACAAGGUUCAGUGUAGGAAGUGAUUAAAGAUGGUAAGGUGCAUGUCAUUAUUGUUUCAGCAGUAGCAAGACAAGACAGUAUCCAGACUAUACACCAUCCAGUCACACAGUAUCCAGACUAGACACAAGACAGUCACAUACAGUAUCCAGACUAGACACAAGACAAUCACAUACAGUAUCCAGACUAGACACAAGACAGUCACAUACAGUAUCCAGACUAGACACAAGACAGUCACAUACAGUAUCUAGACUAGACACAAGACAGUCACAUACAGUAUCUAGACUAGACACAAGACAGUCACAUACAGUAUCCAGACUAGACACAAGACAGUCACACAGUAUCCAGACUAGACACAAGACAGUCACAUACAGUAUCCAGACUAGACACAAGACAGUUACACAGUAUCAAGACUAGACACAAGACAGCCACAUAGUAUCCUGACUAGACACCAGACAGUCACAUACAUUAUCUAGACUAGACACCAGACAGUCACAUACAGUAUCCAGACUAGACACAAGACAGUCACAUACAGUAUCCAGACUAGACACCAGACAGUCACAUACAGUAUCCAGACUAGACACCAGACAGUCACAUACAGUAUCCAGACUAGACACCAGACAGUCACAUACAGUAUCCAGACUAGACACAAGACAGUCACAUACAGUAUCUAGACUAGACACAAGACAGUCACACAGUAUCCAGACUAGACACAACAGUCACAUACAGUAUCCAGACUAGACACAAGACAGUCACACAGUAUCCAGACUAGACACAAGACAGUCACAUACAGUAUCCAGACUAGACACCAGACAGUCACAUACAGUAUCCAGACUAGACACCAGACAGUCACAUACAGUAUCCAGACUAGACACCAGACAGUCACAUACAGUAUCCAGACUAGACACCAGACAGUCACAUACAGUAUCCAGACUAGACACCAGACAGUCACAUACAGUAUCCAGACUAGACACAAGACAGUCAUACAGUAUCUAGACUAGACACAACAGUCACACACAGUAUCUAGACUAGACACAAGACAAUCACAUACAGUAUCCAGACUAGACACAACAGUCGCACAGUAUCCAGACUAGACACAAGACAGUCACAUACAGUAUCUAGACUAGACACAAGACAGUCACAUACAGUAUCUAGACUAGACACAAGACAAUCACAUACAGUAUCCAGACUAGACACAAGACAGUCACAUACAGUAUCCAGACUAGACACAAGACAGUCACACAGUAUCAAGACUAGACACAAGACAGUCACACAGUAUCAAGACUAGACACAAGAUAGUCACAUACAGUAUCCAGACUAGACACAAGACAGUCACAUACAGUAUCUAGACUAGACACAAGACAGUCACAUACAGUAUCCAGACUAGACACAAGACAGUCACACAGUAUCAAGACUAGACACAAGACAGUCACACAGUAUCAAGACUAGACACAAGAUAGUCACAUAGUAUCCAGACUAGACACAACAGUCACAUACAGUAUCUAGACUAGACACAAGACAGUCACACAGUAUCCAGACUAGACACAAGACAGUCACACAGUAUCCAGACUAGACACAAGACAGUCACACAGUAUCCAGACUAGACACAAGACAGUCACAUAGUAUUCAGACUAGACACAAGACAGUCACACAACGUAUCCAGACUAGACAACAGACAGACACAUACUGUCGUGCUGGUAAGGAAAACUUCUUUGACAUGAGCUGUGACUGACAUUCCUGUCUCAUUGUUGACAUGUAACAGGUGCAAUAUUUAGAUAGACUAUAGGAUGUCGCAUGAUCUUAAUAUCAAGCCAGUGAUUGGCCCAACUAGUGCUAUCUUUGUCUAGGUAUCAUGGGAUAUCAAGCCAGGGAUUGGCCCAACUACUACCAUCUUUGUCUAGGUAUCAUGGGAUAUCAAGCCAGGGAUUGGUCCAACUACUGCCAUCUUUGUCUAGGUAUCAUGGAAUAUCAAGCCAGGGAUUGGCCCAACUACUACCAUCUUUGUCUAGGUAUCAUGGGAUAUCAAGCCAGGGAUUGGCCCAACUACUGCCAUCUUUGUCUAGGUAUUAUGGGAUAUCAAGCCAGGGAUUGGGCCAACUACUGCCAUCUUUGUCUAGGUAUUAUGGGAUAUCAAGCCAGAGAUUGGUCCAACUACUGCCAUCUUUGUCUAGGUAUCUUGGGAUAUCAAGCCAGAGAUUGGUCCAACUACUGCCAUCUUUGUCUAGGUAUUAUGGAAUAUCAAGCCAGGGAUUGGUCCAACUACUGCCAUCUUUGUCUAGGUAUCAUGGGAUAUCAAGCUAGAGAUUGGUCCAACUACUGCCAUCUUUGUCUAGGUGUCAUGGGAUAUCAAGCCAGAGAUUGGUCCAACUACUGCCAUCUUUGUCUAGGUAUUAUGGAAUAUCAAGCCAGGGAUUGGUCCAACUACUGCCAUCUUUGUCUAGGUUUCAUGGGAUAUUAAGUCAGGGAUUGGUCCAACUACUGCCAUCUUUGUCUAGGUAUCAUGGGAUAUCGAGCCAGGGAUUGGUCCAACUACUGCCAUGUUUGUCUAGGUUUCAUGGAAUAUCAAGCCAGGGAUUGGUCCAACUACUGCCAUCUUUGUCUAGGUAUCAUGGGAUAUCAAGCCAGAGAUUGGUCCAACUACUGUUAUCUUUGUCUAGGUAUCAUGGGAUAUUAAGCCAGGGAUUGGCCCAACUACUGCCAUCUUUGUCUAGGUAUCAUGAGCAAGCUUGAUCUAGAGUGUUAGUAUGAGUGCUGGCGAUGGUUGUUAUCGGAAACAUGCUGCUUUAUUAGGAAAUGCCAUGGUUGUUCAUUGCUUGUGACAAUGCCACAGAAUUCAGUGUGGAAAAAAAGACAAGAAAUUCCUUGCUGGAUUUCAUUCAGGAAGAACAAAUAUCUUGUGAUUCUACCAAAAACAUAUACAGGACCUGGAUCAAUUUUCCGUGGAUAGUAUUGUCAGUCAUGGGAGCUGUGUGUUUGAUCUGGGAUCUUUUACCUUAGAACACAUACACAUACAGUUCCUGUAUUGUGUGACCUGGGAAUAUAACCUUAGACAUAUGUUUCACCUGGUCAUGUGUUACCUGAUGAAACUUUAAAUGUGACCCGUUACAUGGGGUUGUCUGUUGACCAAAUAUCUGUUUAGAUUUAAGUGAAGGUGUACAACUGUAUGGUUUUAUAUGUUAACUCACCUGGACAGCAGCAACACUACAAACGUUACACAGAGGCAGCAUUGCACACAUUUAAACCUAUUCAAUAUUUUAAUGUUUUCAUAAUGCUAUAUCCAUUUAGGUAUAAAUAUCUUUGUCCAAAGGGCUAAGUUCUACUCUGCCAGCAGGAAGUGUCCAUUUGUCAACUCAAUCUUUAAAAAUCAAACAAUAAAUUAUUCUGAAAUGAGAGACAAUAUAUUUCCAGGUUACUUUGAAUCAGUAUUGUUUAUCAUAUUAGUUCCCAGAACUCUUUUCAAAUUGACCAAAACAAAGCAUUACUGUUCCUGCUUAUGUAGUGGAAAUCUGCAAAUUCAAAGAAUUUUUAUUAAACAACAGUAUGCUGGAUUUUUCUUUUUUUAUUAUUAUUAUUAUUAUUUUUUCUUUUUUUUCUGAACAGGUCAUGUUAUAUUUUGAUUAUCAUGAGAAAUCAACACAGGACCAUUUGGCAUCUUGUAUCUGUAUUUGUGAAGUAUACAUGUUUUGGUGAUAGAAACAAAAGUUUUGUUAUCUAACAUGUAGAAAUUAAUUUUAUGAAUACUUUAGAGACCUGUAUUGUCAUACUUUGAUUUUACUGUUUACUGAAGUAGGUUCAGAAGUUUUCCAUGUCACUAUUAAAGUAUUUUGAAAUAAUAUGUUGAAUCUCUCUUGAUGGAAAAGUUCUAUUUAAAAUUACUAUGAGUAAUAAAAGCAAGAUUUGUUUUGCAUUCAGUGUAUGUUUAAGAUGUUCAGGUAAAAAAAAAAUCAAAAAUGUGUUAAAGAAAUCCCAGGAUUCUUGCUACAGAUGGGUUUAGUAUACAGUGCUAUUUGAUAAGUAUACUGUUGAUUAUAAAACACAAGUGUCAGUCGGCCAGGUGUGUGACAGUUGUGUGUACACCUACAGAUUACUUACCACGUGUAAAAAAUUGUGUAUAUGUGAUGAAGUCAUGUACACACAAAAUUACCAGUUAUAUAUAUAUAUACAAGGACGAGUGAUAUAGUAUGUGUGUGAAUCUGGUAAGUGGAGUUUUUAUAUUGUUAACAGAUCAAAAGAAAAAAUCAUUGAAUAUUUUCAUUUUACUGAACAAAAAUAUCCUGGUGGUCGCGAUCAUGUUUCAUUUAUUUGAUGUAGACAGACAUCUCAUAUCACUUGUUUGAUGUAGACAGAUGUCACGCAUCACUUAUUUGAUGUAGACAGAUGUCACACAUCACUUGUUUGAUGUAGACAAAUGUCACACAUCACUUGUUUGGUGUGGACAGAUGUCACACAUCACUUGUUUGGUGUGGACAGAUGUCACACAUCACUUGUUUGAUGUAGACACGUCACACAUCACUUGUUUGGUGUAGACAGAUGUCACACAUCACUUGUUUGAUGUGUUAGUCGUCACACAUCACUUGUUUGAUGUGUUAGUCGUCACACAUCACUUGUUUGAUGUGUUAGUCGUCACACAUCACUUGUUUGAUGUGUUAGUCGUCACACAUCACUUGUUUGAUGUGUUAGUCGUCACACAUCACUUGUUUGAUGUAGACACGUCACACAUCACUUGUUUGAUGUAGACACGUCACACAUCACUUGUUUGAUGUAGACACGUCACACAUCACUUGUUUGGUGUGGACAGAUGUCACACAUCACUUGUUUGGUGUGGACAGACGUCACACAUCACUUAUUUGAUGUAGAAAGAUGUCACACAUCACUGGUUUGAUGUAGACAGAUGUCACACAUCAUUUGUUUGUUGUGGACAGAUGUCACACAUCACUGGUUUGAUGUAGACAGACGUCACACAUCACUUGUUUGAUGUAGAAAGAUGUCACACAUCACUUGUUUGAUGUAGACAUAUGUCACACAUCAUUUGUUUGUUGUGGACAGAUGUCACACAUCACUGGUUUGAUGUAGACAGACGUCACACAUCACUUGUUUGAUGUGGACAGAUGCCACAUAUCACUUGUUUGAUGUAGACAGAUGUCACACAUCACUUGUUGGGUGUAGACAGAUGUCACACAUCACUUGUUUGAUGUGGACAGAUGUCACACAUCACUUGUUGGGUGUAGACAGAUGUCACACAUCAAUUGUUGGGUGUAGACAGAUGUCACACAUCACUUGUUUGAUGUAGACAGACGUCACACAUCAAUUGUUGGGUGUAGACAGAUGUCACACAUCACUUUUUUGAUGUAGACACGUCACACAUCACUUGUUUGAUGUAGACAGAUGUCACACAUCACUUGUUUGAUGUGGACAGAUGUCACACAUCACUUAUUUGAUGUAGACAAAUGUCACACAUCACUUGUUUGAUGUAGACAGACGUCACACAUCAAUUGUUGCGUGUAGACAGAUGUCACACAUCACUUGUUUGAUGUAGACAGAUGUCACACAUCACUUAUUUGAUGUAGACAAAUGUCACACAUCACUUGUUUGAUGUAGACAGACGUCACACAUCAAUUGUUGCGUGUAGACAGAUGUCACACAUCACUUGUUUGAUGUAGACACGUCACACAUCACUUGUUUGAUGUAGACAAAUGUCACACAUCACUGGUUUGAUGUAGACAGAUGUCACACAUCACUUGUUUGAUAUAGACAAAUGUCACACAUCACUUGUUUGAUGUAGACAUGUCACACAUCACUUGUUUGAUGUGUUAGUCGUCACACAUCACUUGUUUUGAUGCAGACAUCAAUCGUGAGAGUGGCCGCACACGUUUGGUAUCAGUCCUGUGUUAACCAUCAUUUGUUACUUCAUCUUUACAUGCAAUAAAUUGUAUGAUUAUACCAUUGUAAAUGUA